UAUAUUUGUUUUUCAAAACACAUGGAAAUUCAUACUGCUUAUCCUUUUUCAUUUUGAAAAUCCACAAUGCGCACGUCUGUUUUUACUUCCUUAUAUACAUAUGGUAUCGGUUAAACAUUGAAAUACACCAUUGUUAUAUGCGUAUACGCGUUUAGUUAUGGAAAAACAAUGCAACAUCAAAAUAUAUGUUAAUGUUAAAAUAAGUAGAAAUUCAUCAGCAUCAUCAUGAGGCUAGUUCUUCCAUCCAUCAGGUGGCGCCCGCUACGUGACGCCCCACUCGGGGCCUCUGUCAUUGCUUCAAUACAGUGUUUGAAUACAGUGAGGCAGCUUUAAAACAUAAAUACUGGGUAGACUGAGCACCGAUAAUAGCUGGAUAGCUAGCUAAGUGGCUAGUAUUGCCGUUGCCAUGGAGCGGAAAGAUCCUCUGUGACCACUAGGUUAGUUAACUGGCUGCUGAUAUCCAUUGUAGCACUCGCUGAACGAGCAAAGAGGCUAGCUAGCUAAUUUAUCUGGUCACAUUUUGUGAUUAAGUGAGCAAUGAAUGGGUGGCAAAAUUCUCACAUACGCAGUCUGGAAGUGAUGACUGGAGAUUGGAAGGUCUGACACCAUGAACCUGGUCCGGCUGGUGUGUCGCCAUAAGACAGCCCUGGGGAUCGGGGGGCUGUUCGUCUUUGCUGUGGUCCUCCUCUUCCUGGCCAAAUGCACGUCCGAAACGCUGAAGCCGGCCGAGUCUCCCGGCUCCGCCCCGCACUCGGAGCUCCGCGCGGAGCGGCAGGCUGCCCGGCCCAAGGAGCUGUCGGUGUUCCUGGUGGUGCUGAUCACCACGGGGCCCAAAUACACGGAGCGCCGCAGCAUCAUCCGCAGCACCUGGCUGGCCAAGCGGGACCCGGACGUCCUCAGCCUGUUCGUGGUGGGGACCGAGGGCCUGGCCCCUGAGGACCUGCAGAACCUGGGCACGGAACAGGUCCGCCACCGCGACCUGCUGCUCCUCCCCGAACUCAGGGACUCCUACGAGAACCUCACCCUCAAACUCCUGCACAUGUACAGCUGGCUGGACCAGAACGUGCAGUUCAAAUUCGUCCUGAAGGCUGACGACGACACCUUCGCCCGCCUGGACCUCCUCAAGGAGGAGCUGAGGGCUAAGGAGCCCGGCCGCCUCUACUGGGGCUUCUUCUCCGGCCGGGGGAGGGUGAAGACGGCCGGGAAGUGGAAGGAGAGCACCUGGGCGCUCUGUGACUACUACCUGCCCUACGCGCUGGGCGGGGGCUACAUCCUGUCGGCCGACCUGGUGCACUACGUGCGUCUGAACGUGGGCUUCCUGAAGGUGUGGCAGAGCGAGGACGUGUCGCUGGGCGCCUGGCUGGCGCCGGUGGACGUGCGGCGCGUGCACGACCCGCGCUUCGACACCGAGUACAAGUCGCGCGGCUGCAACAACCGCUACCUGGUGACGCACAAGCAGAGCCUGGAGGACAUGCUGGAGAAGCACCAGACCCUGCAGCGGGAGGGCCGGCUGUGUAAGGAGGAGAUGAAGCUACGGCUCUCCUACGUGUACGACUGGAACGUGCCCCCCUCGCAGUGCUGCCAGCGCAAGGACGGCAUCCCCUGAGCGCCGCGCCCCAAGCCCACCGCUCAGCCCCUCUAUUUAUUUAUUUAUUUAUUCUCCCACGCCAGCCUCGCUUCCAUCUGGCUGUCAUAGCAACUUGUGUGGCCUUCCUCCUCCUUAGAGCAAAGUGUCCUGCAAAGAGGACAGAGUGUGCUGAUUGAUGAUAUACACUCUCUCUGUCCCCGCACCCACCCACCGACCUUACCUCCCUAAGGUCUGUAGUGAUAGCUGUUGUAUCUGCUGCCUGUUGGUUUGGGGUCUGUGCAAAGGAUUGAGUUUGGCCAAAAGCAAAGCACACUGUAUUACACAUCUCUGUAUUAGCUGCUGUAUUUUGGAUUGGUUCCAGCUGGACCAUACAUGCUUGCAUACUGUACUGUACAUACAUGCAUGUAUAUACUGUCUCCACACACACACACACACACACACACACACACACACACACACAAAGUUGUUUGUUGGCUGGUAUGCUAUUGUAUUCCAUGGCUAAUUCACAUUAAGCUUGAAGAAUUGACUACAGCCAGACAAUGGGUUAUAAGUAGCCUUUUAAUUUGACUUUUAAUGGUUGGCUUUGGGGAUUUACCCAGAGACUUGAAAAGCGGCAUAAUAUUUCAGUCCUGUGUCCUGUGUUGAAAUGACUGGGUUCCCUUUUGGGAAAUUAAAAACAUAAUCACUUGCUGCUUUUGAUGUGUGGACUUUUUUUUUAGUUUUGUCCUUUUAAAUACAAAGCUUUUACCAAUGUUUUAUGUGAAUGGAUAAAAAAAAAAAAGGCACAAUGAUAUGACAUGCUUCUAUGUAAUUUAGAAAAUCGCCACUCUUGGAACAUUUUGUCAUUAAAAUGUUUUUAAAAGUCCUGUUUUUGCUAUUUCCAUGAUUUAUGUAAAGUCCCUUUGGUGGAAUGAAAUGUAAAUGAGUUUUUUGUUGAGAAGAAAGUCUCCAAACAAGGGCAUAACUGAAACGAUGUGGAAGAAGCUGUUUGCAAAGCUGCUAAUCGAAUGCUGUGAGAAUAUGAAACAUGAAUCCUCAAACAGGCACUGCAUAUUGCCUAUGCAGGUAAUGGUACCCACAUUACUGCUCUGGAUCGCAGAUAUAAUUGUGUUUUAGUCAUGGUACUAAUGCUAAAGGUAAUAGUUUGGCCUGUCACAGAAAUAUGCAUUAUGUUCUAAAGUUCCACCCAUUUGCGUAUUGGCAUAUAAUGUCAGUAAACUCCUAGGAGUUGUGUGUUAUUGUGUAUACAGCCAGCGGCAAACCAAGACUUGAAAUAGCAAAUAAUAUGCUGGGGAGGGGACUGUUUCAUAAAGUGUUGUGUAUUAAGAGACAUACAGUAUGUAAUUACGUUUCCAUUUUUUAUGUAUUUUAUGUUUGGGUUUAAUUUUUACUACCUGUGAAUUAAACAUUUCUGUUUUGAGUGGUG